AUGGAAAGGUACAAGUUAAUUAAAGAGGUUGGUGAUGGAACUUUUGGUACUGUUUGGCGAGCUAUCAAUAAGCAGACUGGGGAAGUUGUUGCAAUUAAGAAAAUGAAAAAGAAGUACUACUCGUGGGAUGAAUGUAUUAAUCUGAGAGAAGUGAAGUCGCUUAGGAGGAUGAAUCAUCCAAACAUCGUGAAGCUGAAAGAAGUCAUCCGCGAACAUGAUAUCCUAUACUUUGUCUUUGAGUACAUGGAUUGCAACCUCUAUCAGCUUAUGAAAGAUCGACAAAAGAAUUUCACAGAAGCUGCUGUUAGAAACUGGUGCUUUCAAGUAUUCCAAGGCCUUUCGUAUAUGCAUCAGCGUGGUUACUUCCACCGCGAUCUUAAGCCAGAAAAUCUAUUAGUCUCUAAAGACAUCAUUAAGAUCGCUGAUUUUGGUCUGGCACGGGAGGUUAAUUCGAGUCCACCAUUUACCGAGUAUGUUUCUACACGCUGGUACAGGGCACCUGAAGUACUUCUACAAUCAUAUGUCUACACAUCCAAAGUUGAUAUGUGGGCGAUGGGAGCUAUUAUGGCUGAGCUGUUGUCUCUUCGUCCUAUAUUUCCCGGGGCUAGUGAAGCAGAUGAGAUCUACAAGAUCUGCAGUGUCAUAGGCAGUCCAACUGAGGAGACCUGGUUAGAGGGACUUAAUCUUGCUAACACCAUAAACUAUCAGUUCCCUCAGCUUUCUGGUGUUCCUCUUUCAAGCCUGAUGGCAUCUGCUAGUGAAGACGCAAUUAAUCUUAUUACGCGGCUUUGCUCCUGGGAUCCAUGCAAGAGACCAACUGCUGCAGAGGCUUUGCAGCACCCGUUCUUUCAGAGUUGCUUUUAUGUCCCACCAUCUCUCCGACCCAAGCCAUCUGUUGCAAGAACUCCUCCGCCUGUUGGGCCAAGAGGAUCAUUCGAGCACCAGUCAGUUAAACGGCAGACUGUGUCUCUUGCGAAGCCAUUCAACAAUGUUUCUCCAAAGCCGAGUGCUGCUUUUGGCAGUGGCGUCCAGCGGAAACUCGAUAUGGCUAAGCAAGAUGGAACGAGGAACACUAAACCGGUGAGAAGUUCUGUCAAAGACUCCAAAUACAAACCACCCGGAAGAAAGAGUCCUCUCCAUUCAGAUGGAAGUAAUGCAGCAGGUUCGUCAGUGAGCAAGAACCGGGUAGCGCGUGGUGUAUCUGAGACUGCUGAUAAACUAUCGAACAUGACCGUCAGAGGAACCGUGUCUCGAAGACACUCUGUGUCAGUGAUGCAGCAACAGCAACUGAAGCCACCGCCGAUGAAGGCAGGUUGUGUAGGAGAAAAACGUGACAUGUUCCUUAGACCAACACAACCCGCCACCAGUGCCUACUCUAGGAAAGUCGCCGGCUGACCCCAAAAACCUCUCGACAACAGUAAACAACAUUUUACUUUAUGAAUAUCUUAUAAUAUAUACUCUGGUUUGUCCCUUAAGUCGUCAUUUCAUUAUUAAAAAAAAAAACAAAUUUAAAACGUCUCCUUUUCAGUUUUGUGUGUUUUAUUUUCUUUCUACUAUUUCAGUGUGCUGAUUUGUAUUAUGCGUGACGCUUGACUUCAUGGUUUGCAAUAAAGUUCGACUUGGGAA